UUUUUAUCUAUACGUUUGAAAACUUGCACGAUCAUACAGAUUCAUUAAGAAUGAAAUAUAGAACCAGAGACGAAAUUUCCUCUUUGGUAAAUAUGAUUGAUCGAAUUUUCUACUGUGAUUGAAUUAGUCAAUCGUUCCAUAAACACUUUGUAUCAUACACAGAAGCGCCGGUUUUCGUAGCCGCAGCGCAUACCCGGCGUGAUGGGCUUGCAAGAGUGGGGUUGUCAAAUACAUAGCGACUUUUAUACAUAUAUAUAUCAUUUCUAUAUGUAUUCAAAUCGUAUUCGUGCCGCGUGAGGUUAGUUACAAACGGCAAGUGAUAAUUUCGAAAGAACCGGCAUAAUAAUUCUGCUUUACGUGGCAAAAAAACUGCUCCUCCUACUCGUACAGUUAAUAUACGUAAAGAGUAGUAAGCAUAUCAGUCUGAAUACGACGAGGAAGGAUUCUAGUCAAGAAACAAUUCCUCUUUAACUUUAAGUGAUAAUAAGACGUUUAGAAAAUAGACAGUGAUCUGUGGGCAGCGAGAACAUGCUCCCAUCAAUUAUUGUAAUACUUUUUGCUAUCGGAAUCGUGACCGCUGAAGACUGUAAAGGAUGUGUUUCUCUAGAUUCUUAUUCCUUCGACAAGGUGAUACCAAAGUUUAAGACUGCAGUCGUGAAAUUCGACGUGGCAUUCCCGUACGGGGAUAAACAUGAACAGUACGCGCAAAUCGCUGCAGCCACGAAAGAUUCUCACGAUCUGUUGGUAGCUGAAGUCAGAGUAAAAGACUACGGGAACAAAGACAAUUCCGAUCUCGCUGCUCGUUAUAAAAUAAAGUCCGAAGGCUUUCCUGCCGUUUUAUUGUUUCUUCAAGGAAAGACAGAACCCAUUCCGUUCGUUGCGGAGAAAGAAACUGACUUCACGGCGGACAAUAUAAAACGAUUUAUUAAAACAAAAUCUGGGGUAUAUCUUGGUCUACCCGGUUGUGUAGAACAACUGGACAGACUCGCAGAGGAGUUUAGAACUACGGGGGAAAAGGAACGAAAGGAAAUAUUAAACAAAGCUAAAGUCUUCGAGGACACAUUGCCCGACGCGCAACGUGCUGCCGCGAAAGUAUAUGUUAAAACGAUGGAAAGAAUAUUAGAAAGAGGAGACGUGUUUGUUCAAACGGAACAAACGAGAAUAGAGGGUAUACUAAAAGGCAAACUUUCCAACGAAAAGAAGCGUACAAUGGAGGAGAAACGUAAUAUCCUACAUUCGUUCUCGUACAGGGACGAGUUAUAAGAAAAUUGAUCGAACAAUAAUUUAUUAAACAUUUUGUAAAAAUAGCGUGAUAUUAAAAUCGAAUAUCCAUUGUUUGGUUCGAUGCCAAUAUUUUGCGGCUCUUGUAAUUUAAAAUGCUAAUACGUGUCAGAUAAAACUGUCACUCGAUACAUUUCAAUGUUUCAAACUAAUUUUCAUAAGUAUGAAUGUAAUAAAAUAUCUGAAGGACACUGUUUCUAAUCUUC